CCCCGCGGGUCACGUGACCGGCUCUCCCCGGGCAGAACCCGGAAGUGGUGAGUCGGGCUGAAGCGGCGGCGCUCCCGGAGCCGGGGAGUGAGUGGGGGGCAGCGUGGCCCCCCGACCCCGGCACAGCAAGAUCCCGGCUGCACAUUCCGACCGCCAGCGCCUCCGGUUGCUACUGAAUCUGUCUCGUCCAUCCGACCGUGUUGGUGGAAUCAUUCGGAUGAAUGAGAAUGAGUCGGCCACCUUCCUCGCAGAACCUGACCUGCGGACCGUGGGAGAUGAAAGAGCGCCUGGGCACGGGCGGAUUUGGGAAUGUCAACCGCUGGAAUAACAAGGAAACGGGGGAGCAGAUUGCCAUCAAGCAAUGUCGCCAGGAGCUGAGUGCCAGGAACCGUGAGCGCUGGUGCUUGGAGAUUCAGAUCAUGAAGAGGUUGAACCACCCGAAUGUGGUGGCAGCGCGGGAUGUUCCCGAGGGAAUGCAGAAACUUGCCCUCAAUGACCUGCCCCUGCUGGGACUGGAAUACUGUGAAGGAGGCGAUCUCCGCAAGUUCCUGAACAAGUUUGACAAUUGCUGUGGAAUGCGGGAGAUGCCAGUACUCACCCUGCUCACUGACAUCUCCUCUGCUCUGAGGUAUCUGCACGAAAACAGAAUCAUUCACCGAGAUCUGAAGCCAGAGAACAUUGUGCUGCAGCAAGGAGAACAGCGGUUAAUCCACAAAAUCAUUGACCUGGGCUACGCUAAAGAGCUGGAUCAGAACAGCUUGUGUACAUCCUUCGUUGGAACUUUACAGUACUUGGCCCCGGAACUCCUGGAACAGAAGAAGUACACCGUGACAGUGGACUACUGGAGUCUGGGAACGCUAGCCUUUGAAUGCAUCACCGGAUUCCGGCCUUUCCUUCCCAACUGGCAGCCGGUAGCCUGGCACAGUAAGGUGAAGCACAAGGGCGACCGGGACAUUAUGGUGGUGGAGGACAUGAAUAUGGAAGUGAAGUUUUCCAGCCAGCUUCCUCAGCCCAACAAUCUGAACAGUGAGCUGGUGGGUCCCAUGGAGCAGUGGCUGCAGCUGAUGCUGAAGUGGAACCCGAAGGAGAGGGGCGCAGACCCUGUGUACGGCCCCAACGGCUGCUUCAAGGCACUGGACGGCAUCCUGAACAAGAAGUAUGUGCAGAUUCUGGAUAUGAAAUCGGGAGUUGUCCACACCUACACAGUCACUCCCGAGGCCAGCGUCCAGUCCCUGCAGCAAUGGAUCGAAGCCACAACUGGCAUUCCGGCUUUCAACCAGGAAUUGCUGCUGGAGACAGGAACAGCGAUGGAUCCUCGAAAGCCUGUGAGCCAGUGUGUGCCAGACAACAGGCAGAACGAAGGGAAGAAGUCAGAACUGACCAUCAUUUAUCUCUUCGACAAGAGCACGAGCACCUACGACGGACAGGUCACUGUCCCAAAGCAGCCGGAUGCCGUGAACUUCAUCCUCCAGGACCCAAAGAAGAUGCUGCCCUAUCACCAGCUGCGGCGCUCCUGGGGACAGAGCUGGCACAUGAUCCGCACCCUGAAGGAAAACUGCAUCAGGCUACAGCAGGGGCAGAGGGCUGCCAUGAUGAGCCUGCUGCGGUACAACAGCACUCUGUCCAAGCUCAAGACCACCAUGAUGUCGAUGUGCCAGCAGCUGAAAGCCAAGCUGGAUUUCUUCCGCAUCAGUAUCCAGAUCGACCUGGAGAAGUACGGCGAGCAGAUGGCAUUCGGGAUCACCUCGGAGAAAAUGAUCGCGGCCUGGAAUGAAAUGCAGAUGAAAGCAGAAGGUUGUGGAAGGAUGAGUGACGUCAGCGGUCUGGACGAACAGUCUAUGGCACUUCAAACUGACCUGGUCGACCUACAGAGGAGCCCAUCGGCACGGCGACAGGGGGAGGCUCUGGAAGUUCUGGAGGAGGUGGCCAUGGAGCUGUAUCGCAAACUCAGGGAGAGGCCGAGAGAUCAGCGGACGAGUGGAGACAGCCAGGAGAUGGUGCGCAUCCUCCUGCAGACCCUGCAGAGCUUCGACAGGAAGGUGAAGGACAUCUACUCACACCUCAGCAAGACCCUGGCCUGCAAGCAGAAGGUAAUCGACCUGCUGCCCAAGCUCGAGAGGGUCCUACAGCUGAUGAACGAGGACGAGAAGCUGGUGAUGAAGCUUCAGGAGAAACGGCAGAAGGAGCUCUGGCACCUGCUGAAAAUUGCCUGCAGUAAAGUCCGAGGCCCGGUCAGCGGAAGUCCUGAGAACAUCAGUGCCAACCGCCUGUCUGCCCCCAGCCAGUCCAUCUCCCCUCCACAUGUCAUCUCGAGCAUGGAGAAGCCAAGAAAUGGCGAGGAGUCGCUUGUGAUGAUCGAAGAAAGUCAGAACUACCGCAGUCAGCUUUUAAAUGUCAUGCAGGAGACAAUUCAGGACCGGGAGAACUCCUUACAGUCACUGGAUUGGAGUUGGCUUUCCAGCCAGUGAGGAACAGGACAGUGGAUAUGGAUGUCUUCGAUCAGCUGUGAACAUUCUGCAGAAUAAGCCAGGCCUUUCAGUCGUCUGGGUGUGUGUUACAUCAACAGCUCUCAUUUUGGGAAGAAACCGCAUGCUGUCACCCUGCUGGUAACCACUACCACCAAGCUGCUUCACAGAUGACUAUCCGGUCCGAUGUUCCAAUCCUUCCUUGCUCCCAGGAUUAGGAAGGGACCAAUCAGCUCCCAGGAACAAUUCUGUCUACUUCUCAGUCUGCCCUCUUGGCCACGGUGUGCCUCUUGCAGUUUGGAGCAAGGGGUGCUCCAUCUUGCGUUGGGUGGGGAGUAGGAACAUGGAGCUACACAGGACUCGGCUUUUGAGGGAAGACUUCUGAUUCAAGCUUAUUUCUCAUUCCAUAGGAAGCUUGGUAAUAAAAUGCUUUGCUUGAACAGGUUCCAGGCAUUGAUGACUGUAACUGCGGCCAAUUGGAGUAAGGCAUGAAAUCGAUAAUCUGCACAGAGCAUGCUAUUUUUAGAAUAAAUAAAAUUCCUUUGUAAGUGCCUUAUAAAAGUGGAGCCCCCAUCCUAUCUGUGUGGAACUUUGUAAAUUUUCUGCUUUAAUUAACCAGAGUCACCUCUUGCUUCUGCUGCUAUCUGCCUGCAGGAGUACAGGUUUCUGAGGUGCUGGAGGCAUUUGGAUAACCUGCUGAUGUAAAAUUUGAUCUGUUGUGGGGUCGUUAUAUAAUUGAGGGUCAAUGAUUCAAGCUGACACCAAUAUGUUUAGGGGUAGUUAAUUUUAUUUGUCUACGGAAAAUAAAUGUUGACUAAUUU